AUGGUAAUUUAUAGCCGCCUUCGCGUGCUGAACUCCUACUGGGUGGCCCAGGACGCGGUGCACAAGUGGUAUGAGGUGGUGAUGGUGGAUCCUUUCCACAAGUGCAUCCGCGACGACCCCCGCAUCAACUGGAUCUGCAAGCCCGUGAUGAAGCACCGUGAGCUCCGUGGUCUCACAGCGGCCGGCCGCAAGGCGCGGGGCUUGCUGAAGAAGGGCAAGCGUGCCAACAAGCAGCGCCCCUCCUCCCGCGCCGUGUAUCGUCGCCACAGCCUCAUGCGCCUGCGCCGCUAUCGCUGA